AUGCCAUCAUAUCCAACACGCAGUCUUCGGUUCCUAGAUAAACUAGAAGCUGAAACGGCUGGCAAAGGGCAUCAUGCAGAACCCGGUCCGCAGGCUCGUGUUGCUUUGGACAUAAUUGUUGCAGGUGCGGGCCUUGGCGGCCUUUCUGUCGCUGUCGCUUUGGCACGAAAAGGUCACAAAGUACGCGUUUAUGAGCAAACUGUGACUCUCGCCGAGGUCGGCGCAGGCAUCCAAAUCCCAUCUAAUUCCAGUCGCCUGCUUCACAAGUGGGGUCUGGAACCCUUCCUUAAAGACAAAGUAGUUGAGCCAGAAACCAUAACGUUCAGGAGAUGGGAGAAUGGGACACCUGUGGGAUUGACCAGACUUGUCCCAGAUUUCCGCCGUUCGUUCGACGCUCCUUAUUGGGUUGUCCAUCGUGCGCACUUUCACCAAGCUCUGCGCGAUCUUGCGCGUAGCCUUGGGGUGGAGUUACAUCUCAGCUCGAGAGUCAAGAGCUACGACCCUACUACGCCAUCUCUUACCUUAGAGAACGGUGCUGUUCAUACAGCUGAUCUUAUCGUCGGAGCGGAUGGGCUGAAAUCACUCGCUCGAAAAUCGAUUCUGAGCAAUACGAAGGAGACCCCCCCGGUCUCUGGAUAUGCUGCAUACCGAGCAACUGUCAGCGUCGACCAAAUCGCAGCUGAUCCAGAUCUGUCUUGGCUGACUUCGAGACCAAACCUUAAUGUCUGGAUUGGUGACAACCGACAUGUCAUGACCUACAUGAUAUCAGGAGGCGAGAAGUUCAACAUGGUACUUUCGCAUCCGGAAACUACAGAACCCCAUACCUGGAACAAAGAUACGACGCUGCAAGAUAUGAGGAGUCACUUCGAAGGAUGGGAUCCAGCACUACUCAAAUUGAUGAGCCUGAUUGACUUCACGCUGAAGUGGCCUCUGCUUAGUGCAUCACCGCUGAACCGAUGGGUUCAUGAGGACGCGAAAAUGCUCAUCAUGGGCGAUGCAGCUCACGCGAUGGUCCCUUACAUGUCACAGGGCGCUGCCAUGGCAGUAGAGGAUGCGGCUGCUUUCGCGGCGGUUCUGGAGCAGAUAAGCGAUAGGUCUGAGUUACCACGAGCUCUCUCCGUCUUCGAGAAGGUGCGAAAACUUCGUACAAGCCAGAUGCAAGAAGCAUCUCUUAUCAAUGCUAAGCUUUGGCACUUCGCGGAUGGCCCGGAGCAACGAGCGCGAGAUGCAGCAAUGGCGCCCGAAGUCCAGGGUAUACAUUUCAUUGAAAGUCCAAAUCAGUGGAGCGAUCCGCAGACACAAAUAUGGUGUUACGGUUAUGACGCAGAAGAAGAGGUGCUCAAGGGAUGGAGAGCUGAGAACUGA